AAUUUGUACCUGAACCAUAUGAAGGACGGCACAUUUGUUAACCUCAGAACUCUCAUCUUGACGAGUAAGUGGAUGCAUAAAACAAAACCUGCUGUAUUAGAUUAAUGACUACAGUUUUGCAUCGCGACCAGAUAGCCGUUGCGCUUUGGCAAGUGAGACAUACGCUGACUAAGCUAGCCGUGGACUUCAGCGGAAACCAAACAACAGUGACCUUUGGCAGCAUAUUGUUUGCCUGCCCUCAGCUGAUCGACCUAUCAUACAUCACCAGCGAAAAUCUUCAGCUUCACCUCGGCGACCUGACAACCAUAAAGAAACCUUGCGCUAUCCGACAGCUACACGUCAAAUCCAAGCUUAGCCGAAGUGAGGAUAUCCGACCCAUACUGCAACGCUGCCCACACUUACGGUAUCUUGCUAUUGAAGGGUGCCCUCAUGCUGUUCUGGAUUCGGUUUUUGAACAAUGUCCUGCUUUGGAAGUCGUCGGCUACCACGCUGCAACAAGUACACGAUUACCAUCACUGACUUGUGACGAAUGUGCACGGAAAUCAACCGGCUUACGAAUUCUUCAUAUUUCAGCAUGCGUCGAUCCAAAUCACAUAGUUCCCAUUAUCCAUAAAUACGGCAGAUCCCUCGAAAAUUUACUCCUAUAUCUCUCCAAACCGACAUUAAAUGACGCCAACAAUAAUACCCUUGCUGCUGCUGGUGGUACCAUUCCACAUCACCAUCAUCACCAACAACAACAACAAAUAACGAUGCAUCAGCUUCGCAACUUUGCCUGCAGCUUUGAAUCACAUACCCAAGACGUUAUUGUCGAUAACCUUAUCCGCUCAAGCCCUGGACUCCGCACGGUCUCUUUGAUCAUGCCAAACUCGGUCCGCAUUCACCACUAAGAAUGAUUCGAUUCAUGGGUUGCAACGCGCUAAGGGACGACGUGUUCAAUGCCAUCCUGGCGACGCAGACAUUGGAGGUUGUCAAGAUUGAUUAUUGUCAAAAAAUUAGUUCCGACGGAUUGCGCAUGUUUGUCUCGAGACUAGGGUCGCUCGAGACGUUGACGCUGGGUCUGAUGGAUAAGGUGACGGAUACCGUGGUGGAAAAUAUUGCGC